CUCAAUGUGAGUACGGGAAGAUGAGUAUAUAUCCGUGAGCUGGAAGCCGAACAUUUCGCCUCUGAAAUCUUUAAUUGAAAUUACCUCAGAAGUGAGAGAAAGUGGUGAAUGGAGGGGCGAAUUUAGCGCUAAAUUAGAUUCACACCUGCCUCUCGUUUUUCGAUUGUUUAUGUUCUUAGUUUAUGAUCAAGAAGAUGCAAACCUUUUCUACCAGAGUCAAAGGGGUGAUAAGCAAUGUGGCAUUUUUGCGCUGGAUUUGAAGAUAUUCUUUUUUGAAGUCAAGAAGAGUUUUUGUUCUAGUUUAAAAAUUAAUUCCUCGUGCCGAGAUUCGGAGACCAAUGAAUGUCAUUUAACAAAGUUUUGUUCUAGAAAAGAUAUUGCGGAUGUUUUAAAACUGUUCUCCAAUCUAGGACAGGAACAGAACCGUAGGGUAUUUCUGAGGCACUGGACACGAUGUUCUCCAGGUGGAGGGAUGCCACUCUGUACAUGAAGCUAGCGUUUGUCAGCUUCUUGCUGGGUUUUAUUCUGUAUGUGGUCGGAUUUUCCACCCUGUAUUGGGAAUAUUAUCAAACGACGGAGUCCUCCACCAAGGUCAUCGGACUGUGGAAGUACCUGCUGGAAUACAGGUACUCAAAACAAGCCCAGGCGGCCAGGAGCUUUUCCAGUAGCGCUCAGAUUCCCAAAUAUGUAUUCAAUUCCGGGUGGUUUCGCCUUACACAAGCCGUGGAAUGCCUGGGUCUGAUCUGUAUGGUUAUAGCUUUACUUAUCCUUCUCCUAUACUUCUUCGUAUCCUCGUGUAAACAGAGAAAAGCGCUGUACGCCAUCAUACUAUUUACUUUCCUGUCAGUUUUGUUCAUUGUUAUUGGAAUUGCUGUUUUUGGUGGGAAAAUGGAGCAGAUGGGCUAUUCUGUGGGCUGGUCGAUGGGUCUAGCCAUUGCAGGGGUAGUGUUGGCAUUUUUGGCGGGAAUAAUGGAAGUCUUAGAACUCCGCUGAUCUCACUUUCUGCCUCGACAUUUAUUUGUGCCAAAAAUAUUGGUCACUUUUUUCGUGGCCUGUGACGUAUAUUCAGAUCGGACUUCGUGUAUUAACUAGCAUCGAGUCAAUGUUGUCAAGACUCUUCAACAAAUAACAUUUUCUUCUGAUUGCAUGUUUUAUCUUUUGAAAUUAAAUACUCGUUUGAUGUUGUAAUUUCUUGAAGAUAAACAGAGUACAACAUUUACAUUUGUAAUAAAAGCAAUAUUUUUUUUGUUCUAGA